GAGCCGUGCCCGGGAGAGUCCCAGCGGAGCCGGCUUCUGGGAAGAGAAACUUGCGGCCGGGGGAGGCACGGGAGGCGCUCGGUACGGGCUCCUCGCCGCCACCCCCCACCCGCGCCGCCCGCGCUCUCGGAAGCGCCCGGAGGAGGGUCUCGGGGUCCGGCUGGUCGCUGCCCGCGGGCCGUCCGAAGACUGGGCUCAUCCGGUGCGACAGCCCUGCCCCGCCCGGGGGGAGGGGCCGGGCCGGCCCGGGACCCAGAGGCCGCCGCCGCGCACCCGGAGAGGCCGCACCGCCGCCCCUCCCGUCCCCUCUCCGGCCUCCCGGGACCCGCAGCGACCCCAGCCCCCCCCCCUCCACCCCCGGGCCCUCCUCUGGACGCCUCCGUGUCCCCCGCGUCGGGCCCCCCUGGGUCCCGGCGCCCCGUCCUCCUGCCCACCGCUCCCACCUCGCGCAGGGCUCCCCGGGCCUCUCCCGGCCCCCGACCCCCUGCCCCGGGUCCCCGGAGCCGCCGCGGUCGGGCCCCCAGAGCCCCGCGGACAUGCUCGGGCUGCUCGCGCUGCUGCUCCCGCUGCUGCCGCCGCCCGCGCGCGCCCAGGAGCCCUCCGCGCAGGACGUGAGCCUGGGAGUGGACUGGCUGACCCGCUACGGCUACCUGCCACCACCCCACCCUGCCCAAGCACAGCUGCAGAGCCCUGCCAAGCUGAGGGAUGCUAUCAAGGUCAUGCAGAGGUUUGCGGGGCUGCCUGAGACAGGCCUCCUGGACCCGGUGACCAUGGCCACCAUGCACAGGCCCCGCUGCUCCCUGCCUGAUGUGCUGGGGGCGGCAGAGCUGGUGAGACGUCGUCGCCGGCGCCGGCGCUACGCCCUGAGCGGCAGCGUGUGGAAGAAGCGAACGCUGACGUGGAGGGUGCACUCCUUCCCCCAGAGCUCGGCACUGAGCCAGGAGAUGGUGAGGACCCUCAUGCACCACGCCUUGGCCACCUGGGGCGUCGAGUCAGGCCUCAAAUUCCAGGAGGUGGGCUUUCAGAGCCCGACGGAGCCCGACAUCGUCAUUGACUUUGCCCGGGCGUACCACCAGGACAGUUACCCCUUCGACGGGCAGGGAGGGACCCUAGCCCACGCCUUCUUCCCCGGGGAACACGCCAUCUCUGGGGACACGCACUUCGACGACGAGGAGAUCUGGACUUAUGGGUCAAAAGAUGGUGAGGGGACGGACCUGUUUGCUGUGGCUGUUCAUGAGUUUGGCCACGCCUUGGGCCUGGGCCACUCCUCGGCACCCGACUCAAUCAUGAGGCCCUUUUACCAGGGCCCGGUGGGCGACCCCCACAAGUACCGCCUGUCCCAGGACGACCGGGAAGGCCUACAGCAGCUCUAUGGGAAGGUGCCCCAGACCCCGUACGAUAAGCCCACAAGGAAACCCUUGGCUCCUCCUCCCCCACCCCCUACCCCACCCCCAGACAGCCCCUCUCUCCCCACCCCUGACCGAUGUGAAGGCAAUUUUGAUGCUAUCGCUAAUAUCCGUGGUGAAACCUUUUUCUUCAAAGGCCCCUGGUUCUGGCGCGUUCAACCCUCGGGACAGCUGGUGUCGCCCCGGCCCGCCAGGCUCCACCGCUUCUGGGAGGGGCUGCCCGCCGGGGUGAAGGUCAUCCAGGCCGCCUACGCCCGGCCCCGGGACCGCGGCAUCCUCCUCUUCAGCGGCCCCCAGUUCUGGGUGUUCCAGGAGCGGCAGCUAGAGGGCGCCCCGCGGCCGCUCACGGAGCUGGGGCUGCCGGCCGGAGAGCAGGUGGACGCCGUGUUCUCGUGGCCGCUCAACGGGAAGACCUACCUGAUCCGGGGCGGGCGCUACUGGCGGUACGACGAGGCGGCCGCGCGCCCGGACCCCGGCUACCCCCGCGACCUGAGCCUUUGGGAAGGGGCGCCUGACGCCCCCGACGAUGUCACCGUCAGCAACGCAGGUGACACCUACUUCUUCAAGGGCGCCCACUACUGGCGCUUUCCCAAGGGCAGCGUCAAGGCGGAGUCCGACUCCCCCCAACCCAUGGGCCCCAAGUGGCUGGACUGCCCGGCCCCCAGCGCCGGCCCACGCUCCCCCAGGCCCCCCAAAGCCACCCGGGAGCCCGGAGCCUGCAAUUGUCAGUGCGAGAUCAAUCAGGCCUCAGGGCGGCCGUCGCUGUCCUUCCUGCUGUCCCUUCUACCCCUACUGGUGGGGGGCGUCGCCUUCAGCUGAGGGGGACGGUCCCGGGGCGGGGCUCAUGCGGGUGGAGCUUCGCCCUGGGGACGCGGACAAAUGGCUAGCCCUUAGACUGGACGGGCCAUGUGCUCACCCUCGCCGUUCCAGCACCCCCCCUCUCCCCCUCCCCCCCCCCAGCCCCACC